AUGGCUUUCAAUAUGAAUAUGUUUCCCCUGUCUCCUGCAGAUGUUCCUCGAUCCCAAGAUGGAGAUAUCACCGCACCCAUCGAUAUCCCGUUCGACGAGGACGGACGCCACUAUCCCCUGACAGAUGAGAAGGCUAGGGAGGUUGCGGAGGCGCAGUUUCAGAAACUCGAGGAACUAAUGGACAACUUCACCCGAGGCUUUGAUCCCGGCAAUUUCUCCAGAGAAGUCAUGUCUUUGAUUCCCAUGCUAGCUGAGCGCGCGACCCCUGGCUCAUUCAAGCACCUCCUGGUCCUCUUGCUGGAAAACUGGCCAAAAAUGCAGAGUAUCCAGGCGAGCUUGGAAGACUGGCUGCGGGGACAUUACCAGCGUUGGGCCAUCACUCAUCCCAGCGACACCAGUAUCACUGACGAGAUGUACUUUGGCUCUGAGAUUGAGAUGUUGAGAAAGCUGUUGGCUCCCUUGCGCGGUGAGGACACGGGCAAAGUCUUCUGGAUGAAUACCAGACUUCCCGACUGUGCCAAGGUCUGCAAGCAACUCGAGGCGUCAGCAAAGGUCAUCGAGGAGUUCAAGAGAGACAUUCUGGCUUCGAUUGAGUCUCGCGGGGAAGACAGAACGAUCUAUAACUCUCUUCCCGUCUCCCACGAACGCACCGUAAUGAUCAGCAUGAGACAGCUUCGGCUCGAUGCCUGCAAGGCGACGCUCAGCUGGGACGGCUUCAGACAAUCCGACAUAGAGCUCACCAGGUUCUACCAGUUCUACAAGGAAUACGUCUCCACCUAUCAGCCUGCCAAAGCUCGCGCGUCCGGAUGGUUGCCCCCCAAUACCCCCCAGGUGCCUCACAUUUCUGUCAAUGUGCCCCGGGAAGACGAUCUUGUGAGCUGGCCCCCCGCUUAUCGCCAGAAUGCUUCACUCGACUUGCUCCUCAAAACUGCCCUGUGGCUCAGUGUAGCUCGAGGCCUCGCCGCUGUGCACCUCUUCUGCGACGUUGCCCGCAUGUUCACCAUCCACAAACCUCCCCAGGGCGCCAGGGACUCUCUCAUUUCCUUUCUUCUGCAUCUGACGCAGAUAAGAGUCUCCGCUGAUGGAGUCCAGUCACGCCUCGCAAGCCCCUUUCCGUACCGUGACGAGAAACUGGCUGAGUACAACCCGGACUACUUUGAUGACGUGUGGAAGUCGAACCGCAAUCUGACAGAAGGUCUGGUGGAGAACUUGUCCCUGCUGGAUAAGAACAAUCCAGAGAACUUCAAGUUGGCCAAGGCGCCUCGUGGAAAUCGACUCCUGCGCAAGGAGCUUCGCAGCAUUGCUCAAACCGCCGUCGUUCGUGGCAGCCUUGCCGGGACCUGGCCUCUGAAAACUAACAUUUUUGGAAGAAUUCGCCCUAAAGACACUUUCUACAGCGAGAGCUUCCAUCCCGUGGAAACUGAGCACGCAUCUUCCGCCCAGUCCCUGGAAACUACGCGUGAUCUCUCGAAGCGCAAGGCCCGGGAUCAGCGCGAUAGGGCCGUGUAG